AUGGCACCUAUAGCAGCUAGGCUAGCAGUGCUCGAGGAGCAAGUGGUGAAUCACAUGCCACCAAGCACACCACCACCUAUUGUUCCAUCGCCAGUGAUUACAACUAUUCUCAUCAUAGAGGAGUCCCCAGAGGUUAUACCAGGACUCACCCCACCAUCAGCUGUAGCUGCAGAGCAGGAGGCUUGGUUUCUUCUAGUUGAGAGAUUUUUUGGCCACGUCAUUAUCAGAAAGGGCAUUGUAGUGGAUUCCAUGAAAGUAGAAGUAGUACUAGAUUGGGAGCCGCAAAAGACCGUUUUAGAGAUUCGUAGUUUCUUAGGUUUGACAGGCUAUUACAGGAAGUUUAUUCAUGACUUCUUAAAGAUGGCGACAUCACUUACAUGCCUUACGAAGAAGGGUGUACCAUUUAUUUGGGGCACGGAGUGCCAGGAAGCCUUUGAGACUUUAAAGGCUAAGUUGAAUACAAUGCUGAUAUUGACUAUUCCGAGCAACGAUAAGACUUUUGUUGUCUAUAUAGAUGCAUCAUUAGUGGGUCUAGGAGGUACUUUGAUGCAGACCCAGAGAGUAGUGGCUUAUAUCUAA